UUGUAUUAUGUGUGACUGAAAAUAAAAUUGGGGUUAUGAGUUUGCAAGUUUAGGGUUUCUUCUGGUUCUUAAUUUUUGACGAACGUAGGGAGAGAAAGAUGUUGAUUUUGUUUUGUUUGGUGGGUUGGGUAUGAAGAUUGGUGUGGAUUUCGAACCAAAAAAAAAAGAAAAAAGAAAAUAUAGGUGUGGGUGCGUGUGGGAGAGAUUGAGCGAGUUGUCCUCGUAAGUCAUUUUACAAAGAAGUAGAUUUAUCUUUAAAAUUUUAAAAAUAGAAUGAGUGAAAAAAUAAAGCAGGUGGGGGAAAAUACUUCACACGUGACCGACCUAACUUCGCUUUUUUAUUUUUUAUUUUCUUUUGAGAGGGAACUAGGCAAGGUUGGCAUUUGGGUCCCGUGAAAGAAACGAAUAAUAAUGAUACAACCUUGCAUCAUCAACUUGACUUGAUAUUUAUGUAUCACUUCACGGGGACUCUGCCAAGCAACGAAGGAGCGUGGAAGCAACCCAUAAAUUGAUUAACUGCAAAUUUUAAUAUUUCUGUGUACCUUUCUGACUUAAACUACCCUUUCUUUAAGGUUUGGCCCUCUCCAAACGAGUAUCACAUGGAGACCCAUGAGAGCAAGAAGAGGAAGAUGAUCAUUAGCAAUGACGUUGAUGCUGCUGCUGCUGAAGCUGAUGAUGAAGAAGAGAAGAUUGAGAAGUUCUUUGCUCUUAUCAACAACGUCCGGGAAGCUCGUCACCGAUUGAUGAAUGGUUCGAAUGUAAUAUUGAAACGGGAAGAAAUUAAUGACAACAGAUCAAACAAGAAGAAGAAGAAAAAAGUGGAGGAAGAGGAAGAGAAGGUCAUAGCUGACGUUUGGAAGCCAUCAUUUCAACCUGAAGAUUUAAUUGAAGAAGAGGCUCGUCAUGAGUUCAAAAUCCCACACGUGAUAUCUGGGAUUAGCACUACUAAUAAUGCUCAAAGCAGAGGCUGCUGUAACACAGAAAUUUGUAAACAAGGUAAUAAUUUAGAUCUCAGGCUGUCUCUGUAACUGUUCAUUGGGUGUAACAUAUAUAUAUAUAUAUAUAUAUAUAUAUACAGAGAGUUUCCAUUGAGGCAUCCCUCAAAUAAGC